GUGUGUCUGUCUGUCUGUCCGUCUGUCCGUCUGUCUGGGUUUUUAGUCUAAGCUCAAGUUGUCUACUAGUACAGCAAUUUAGAAAAAUAUAACAAUCUGUAUGUCUGUCAGUUUGUCUGUCCAUCUCUCACAAGACCACCAUCUGCUCUCAUUACCACAUUCUCAUCACCAAAUUCCCGGAAGUGUUUCCAGGUCUACGUCAUCGCACGAUUACAGGCCUCUCUCUCAACAAUCGUUCCAGUCUCGACUAUGUCCACAUCGUACGACCCUCCACGCGACUCAAUAACAACCUCACAGUAAGCACAACACUCACAAUCCCCUCACCUCGCCACAACCCGCCAUCGAUCGAUGAGUGAAAUGAAAUCAUCGAGUUUACCCGCUUCUCGCCGCCUUUCGACUCUCAUUCUACUACUAACACCCGUCAUCACCAUUUCUCUAUCAAUCGAGCCGUCUGAUGGCUGUUUCACGACAAACGGAAUGGCAGAAAACGUGAGCUUCAAUGCGUCAUCAAUGGCCGUCGUUGAGAGGCGCCCUGACGUCUCUACGGCCUUUGAAAUGACGUUGGAAUUUAGAGUGAAGGUGCUGAAUGACGGAUCCGUGCUGAGAUUGAUUGUGGAGGAGAGUGGGGCGUCGUUUAGUGCCGGAAUUCGCUGGUUGUUGCCAUGUUUUCUAUUGCAGAGUAAUAGUAGCAAACCGGAAGUGAAGCAAUUGAGUGAAACGAUUUGUCCUGGUGUGACAGUCGACGGCUGGUAUGAUGUUGGUAUAGAGUUGGGGUCGAUGUUGAGGGUGGAAAUCGGUGGGAUGAGUGCGAAUGUUUCUGUGUUGUUGAACAGUCCGAGUUUCGUGUCGAUUAAGUUUGGUUGUGAUGAGGAGGAGAGUAGAGAGAGUGGGUUUACUGGAUGUGUGAGUCAAGUGCGUUUGAAUAAGAUGCUUGUUAGGUUGAGAGAGGAUUCGGUGGAGCAGAGGCAUUUGUCAGAAUGUGGAAGAGAAAAGACGUGUUUAUCACCCCUCUCUCCUUUACCGACUCGAACUUACCUCCUUAACACUCCAAUAGUAACUCCAACGCUGUCACUCUCACGUCCAUCAUUGACAAGCAACAAGAUGACACUCACGUUUUAUCCGACUCGUUUUACGAAGCCAACAAGCAGUGUGUUAGUCAAUAAUGUCAUUACUUCGUAUCAUUCGUUAUUGGAAAGCACACCUAUCUGGACAACGACGGGAAUCCUUGUGAGCAGUGACGUCAGCAGCAUGAAAGAUUUGCUUUCUGAUUCGUCAUCCGACGUUGUAGCAUUAGCACGUGACGUAUCUGCCUCUGUCACUGACCGUUUAUCUUCUGAUAACUCAGUUAGUCAGUCACACUCUUUAGUACAAUCUGUUGCAAUGACAUCAUCUCAUGUAAACACAACCGGAACUAACAUGGGAACUAGAAUUGAUACAGACACUCAACUCAUGCCUAGCACCACACUCGAUGUAAUUACCACUGGCUCUAGCUUAAUUCCCUAUUAUGCCCAUGAUGUUGACACUCAAUCCCAAAGGCUUGGCGUCUCUAUGGAAAUGAUGAUUAAGCCAACUUGGACUACUUUGAUGCCUACACCAACACCUACGCUAACACUUAAAAUGAAUGUGUUGACAUCAACUAAAACUCUCAUGUCUGAGCUUGAAGUUGAUCAUAUCAACACAACCCCAAGAGUUUUAGUAGAGAGUUUAUCAAGUAGCUCAACGAUUGCUGCCAUGGAUGGUUACGAGACAAGCAGCUCGUUGAGUAUGAAUACCAAAUUGAGUGAGUUAGUACAGAGGAGCCCAUCAGUUGAUGCUAUAACAUCAACAGAUGUAGUGACAUCUGAACAUUCGGAUGUAGGAAUGGCUGCGAUUUCGACACAGAGUCGACCUUCGGUCUCUUCCAGUGUUUAUGACGCAGGUGGUGCUGCUAGCUUAUUAACUAUGAGCACGAAAUUGAGUGAGUUAGUACAAAGAAUGACGUCAAUUGAUACUGUAAGAACAACAGCAACUGAUGCUAUAACAAUAUCAACUGAUGCUACAACAACAAGAUCAAUUGAUGCUACAACAACAACAUCAAUUGAUGCUAUAACAACAACAGCAAUUGAUGCUAUAACAACAACAUCAAUUGAUACUGUAACAGCACCACCAAUUGACGCUAUAACAACAACAAAUCUAUUACCAUCUGAACAUUCGUAUGUAGCAGUGACUGCCAUUCCAAUGCAGAGUCUACUUUCGGUCUCUUCUAGUGGUUAUGAUGCAGAUGGUGUUGCUAUCUCACCAACCAUGAGUAUGAAACUGAGUGAUGUAGUACGAUCAACAGCAUCAGUUGUGUCUGAUGUGUCUGGUGUGUCUCAUAUGGAGAUGACGGUUUCGAUGGAGAGUGGAGACACGCACACAGCGAGCUCUGGUCACGGUGUGUUGUUGCGUGGGUAUAGCUCUGCUGUUCAAGGUGGCAGUGUGACUCCGACUGUUAUAGUGUCGUCGUCGGUUGUGUCUACAGUUGCAGCUACGCCCGUUCGUGUUAAUGUCAGUAACGAGUUGACGAAACUGGCUCGUGUAAGUGCUGUUGUGUGA